AUGAAGUUCUUCUCCGUUUUCGCUCUUUCCAGCCUUUUCGUUGGCUCCAUGGCCGCCCCGGCCCCUGUCGAUAAGCGCCAGGACAUCGGCUCUGUCCUGAGCCUCGUCCAGGGCCUGCUUCCUCAGGUCCAGCAGUACACUGGCGUCAUUAACCAGACCGCCUCCGGCCUUGGCCCUCUGUCGACCCUGAAGCAGAACCAGACUGCUGCCAACACCUACCAGAACCAGGUCGCCGACCUCACCACCCUUGUCCAGGGCACCGUCACCAAGGUCACCAGCCUCCAGCAGACCGUUGGUGGUCUCACCACCCGCGCCGAGGACGCCACCGCUAUCGCCGGUGUCCUCAGCAACGUCCUCCUUGAGGUCAACGGCGCUCUGAACAACGUUGACGGCACCCUCGGUCUCGGCUCUCUCCUCAACCUCGCCUCUCCUCUCACCAGCACUCUGUCCGGUCUCCUCAACGGUGUUGAGUCCCUCGUCGGCGGUGUCCUGAACCUUGUUGAGGGUCUCCUCGGUGGUGUCCUGAGCACUCUUGGCCUUAGCAACGCUCUGUCUCCCCUCAUCGGCAGCAACGGCAUCCUUGGCGGUCUCCUCAGCGGCAGCGGUGCCAACUCCAAGGACGGCCUCCUCGGUGUUUUGUAA